AAAAGUAAAAAUAAAGAUACAGAAAAUAAAUGUUUCCAUCGGAUAGAGUUCAUAUUUUGCUGAAUUAUACUAUUUGCUGCGUUGUAACAACAAUAAAAGUGUAUUUUGGAUAGAGGUAACAGAUAAACCACAUUACUUUCGCGCUUUACGUGAGAAAAAGGGGCAAGUUCAAGAAGGUGACGACGGUAAAGCGCAGAAAACAUGUCGGAGUCCUACGAUUAUCUUUUUAAAUUUCUCAUCAUUGGCCGUGCGGAUAGUGGCAAAUCCUGCCUGCUGCAUCACUUCAUCGAGAACAAAUUUAAGGAGGACAGUUCGCACACAAUCGGCGUAGAGUUUGGUUCACGGAUCGUGAACGUUGGUGGAAAGUCGAUUAAGCUACAGAUUUGGGACACAGCCGGACAGGAACGGUUCCGAUCGGUCACGCGGUCUUACUAUCGUGGUGCAGCGGGUGCUCUACUGGUCUACGACACAACCUCGCGCGACAGCUUUAACGUGCUGUGGAACUGGCUGAACGAUGCUCGCACAUUGGCUAGCCAAAACAUCUGCAUUUUGCUGGUGGGAAACAAAAAGGAUCUGGAGGAAGACCGCGAGGUAACGUUCCUAGAAGCGAGCAACUUUGCCCAGGAGAAUGAGCUUAUCUUUCUGGAGACAAGCGCCAAGACAGGUGAAAACGUGGAGGAAGCAUUCUUAAAAUGCUCCAAAACCAUCCUGGCCAAGAUCGAAACGGGUGAACUGGAUCCGGAACGGAUCGGUAGCGGUAUUCAGUAUGGAGAUGCCGCAGCACGUAAUGCAGCAGGCGGAACGCUUGCGAGCGGACAGCAACCGAGGAGUCGCCUGAGGCCGGACUGCGCUGGUAGCGGCAGUUGCCGAUCAUCGUAGAAGCUAGCCUUCCUUUCUGGUGGAAAGUAAUGGGUGUCGUGUACGGAUUCCGCAAUGGCUGUUUCUUAUCUGAGCAUUAGGAUAAAGCGUUCCGUUGUUCAAGUUUCAAUCAAAACACGCUAAAGGGGCAUGCAGGUGUAAAGAAACGAAUCUCAAAAACUGUGCUACGCAAAAUGUUUAUAAGAUAGUAUCUCGAGUAUGGUUAAAAUUGCGGGCAGACGACCUCUGAUCAUCCGGAUUGUUCAGGAAUCAGUAUUGGACUAUCGUUACUAAACUGUAAUUGCACAGCACAUUCAGACGCAAGACGUUUGAAGGAAAAAACGAAAUAUUGACCUGCGUCCUUUCGAUCGCAUUUCAGUCAAUCUGUGUUACUCUUGAACUUAUACAUAAUCUUCCCAACCUAGCACAAUAUCCGUAAAGGUUAUUGAAUUGGUUUUUGUCUUAUGUAAUUCUAAGUGCUUUAGUUGUUGUCAAAAGUUAUGUAAACGUAAAAGGUUUGUGUUUUUUGUUUAAGUAAUGUUUCAUUUAUUAAGGUGUAGCUACACUUUAUACAAAUUUAAUACAGCUUCUCACUCAUAGGGCACCUCACACAGGGUUAUCUAAAUUUCCAACAAAUCAUGCAUCUGUUCAACGAAAUGUUCAUAAUCCAUCCGUUCUGGUAAUAUUUCUGGUUUUCUUAUUUCUUUUAAGAGUAUAGCGUUCUGAAUGGUUUUUGAUGUAAAGAGUAUAAAGAUUAUAUUGAUGAUCAGUUUAUUUGUAGAUGUAGGUUUAACAGAUGGAGCCUUCGGUUCAGUACCGGUUGAAAUGUUUAGGGAAUGUGAUGUUAACGACUCACGGGACAAAGUGCAGAGCUGACUAAACAACUUAAACCACUUAGAGGUAAUUGUAAAAAAAAAACAAGAAAAAACCAUUUAAAACCCCUAAAUACAAAAUGAAACUUUAUUGUGCAUUAGACAUCUUUAUACCUGAGAAGAGUGAAGAGUAAAAUUGAAAUCAAUAAAUUUCUUAAACAAGAUUAGUUUAUUGCUGCGUCAAACCAUCUUAAGUAAUCUCAAUCAUCUUGAUGAC